AACUCUUCACUCUCCUCUGUUUUCUCCCUCCUUCUACAGCAAACCCUUUUCGCUAUUGAUUCUAGGGUUCCGUUCCGUUGUAAUCACUUCAUCAAAUCGGUGUUGGCGGGAGAAACUUCCCGUUGGUUCUAGAUGGCAAGCGGUUGGGUCAUGGACGUGGGAUGCCCAAGACGAGACGUGUGGGAUAUGCCGGAUGGCCUUUGACGGUUGUUGUACUGACUGUAAACUUCCCGGGGACGACUGCCCUCUUAUUUGGGGUGCUUGCAACCAUGCCUUUCAUCUUCACUGUAUUUUGAAAUGGGUGAACUCGCAGACGGGCCAAGCACACUGCCCCAUGUGCCGCAGAGAAUGGCAAUUCAAAGGUAGUUGAAGUUCUGCUGCCUGGAGAUGGAUGGAUGGGGUGAAGCUCCUCGUGUAAUACAGGUAACUAGUGCUUCUCGUUUUACACGUUGAGUGAUAUUUUUAGGGUUAUCGUCAAUGGGUUGAGUUUAAUGUGUAUUUGGAUAAGCAUUGGCCAUUGAGAUGUUAAACACAUGAUUAUUAUGUGGGUAUUGGUAAGUGUGGUGGUCCUAA